AUGUCUGCGACGUCUCGGUACGGCGCGAAUGCGAAUGCGAACAACGAUCCUUCUCAACAAAAAGGAGGAUCGUUAGGCAAGAAGGAGGCAAGAAGAGACCAGUGGAACGUGCCGGGCGGCCCGAUCGACCCAGGUGUUUUAGCGAAAUACAACGACUGGGUUCGUCGACAACCGUUGCAAGCCAUGGUGGGUUCUUUAGUUUUUAUUGUCCUCUUAGGCGUCUUUGAGUCGUUGAGAGACGAUUGGUCGAUAUUACCGUAUUACGGCGAAGCGGUGAUAUUAGAGACCGUUUUGAGUUUAGAUAACAUCGUCGUGUUUCACCAAAUCUUCGAGAGUUUGAAAGUGCCAAACUCGAGACGACCGAGUAUUUUACUGUUGGGUGUACCGAUUAUGAUUGGCGUACGGUUGGCGUUGUUUUUGGUGUUAAGAGGGAUGUUGUCCAAGUUUUGGCCGGCGUUUAUCGUUAUUGGUUUAUAUUUAGCGUACCAAGGGUACCAGACGAUGAUGGAAGAAGACGAGGACGAGGACGAGGACGAGGACGAGGAUAGCAUAGACGAGCAAGCGCAAGGAGUCACCGCGUACGUGAGAAGAACGUGUCACUCCUUCGGGUGGGUCACGAGGAAGUACCACGGAAGCGCCUUGUGGGUCACGGGGGGAGACGAGUUGGUGGAGGAUGAAAAGGGAGGGGUCGUUUCGUCUGCGAGAAGAUGUAUGGUGACGCCCGCGUUGGUUUGUCUCCUCGUCAUCGAGUUGUGCGAUAUUAUCUUUUGCAUCGACGGCGUGGCGACGAUUUACGAGUUGGACCAUUACCGAUUGCGAGCGGCGAUUAUGGGGGACAUCACGGCGGCGGUGUUUGUGAGAACGUGUUAUCCAGUCGUCGGGAACGCGGUGAAUUUAUUUCCAGACGUGAAAUAUUCCGUCGGUUUAACGUUAAUUUUCGUCGGUUUGGAUAUGAUAUUGGACGCGUUUGAUAUCGAUUUACCGGCGUGGGCGUUGGGCGUGUUGAUGCCGGUGUUGUUCGUCAUCGGCAUCGCGAGUUCAAUGAUCAGAGGUGGGGGUACGUCUAAAGAUUUGAGUAAAAUCAUGGGAGAUGGUUGCGAUUAUACCGACAGGAAAGUAAGUAACGAGGAAAGGGAGGAAGUCGUCGUCGACUCUGGAAAGAAGUGA